UUUAAAGAGCUACCUCCGGAGGGUCCCAGUACUUGCUACUCCAGUGACGAUCCUGCGUUCCGGGUUUUGCAUUAGGAAAACCUACACCAAUAAUAGUCAGAGCUCAACAGAGAAAGAGGGAGGACAAAACUACUACCACUUAAAAAAAAAAAAAAAAAAAAACACCAGAAAGGAAAAGCAAGCAGGGAUAACUGACUAAGCCAAGGUUGAACGAAGUCCCGAAUAGUUAUGUUUCCAGGAUUUGAGGAAGUUGGAAUGUUGGGAGUCCAUCUUCAGCAUUUUUGCACUGAGUGACACCAAUAGCCUAGUGAAUCCUCAUUGACUGGGAAACUGUCGAAGAACUUCAGCCUAAGUAACAUCAAUGUUGAUACACUCUCUUUCCUAUUUGCACAAUCAGGAUGUGUGCAUACAAGGACUGAUGCAUCUGCACAGAUUCAGCUAGCUGGAGUUUAUUUUUCUCAAUGAAUAGGAGCAGGGUAGGAUUGCUACAAUGAAGCUGAAUGAGCGUAGUGUGGCAUAUUAUGCCACGAGUGACUCUCCAGCAGACCACACUGGCUUUCUGUGCAAGCGGGUGGAGCGCCACCAUCACCACCACUACCACACCACUUCCUACCACCGCCGUUGGUUCAUCCUCAAGGGUAACUUGCUAUUCUAUUUUGAAGCGCAGGAGAGCCGUGACCCCCUUGGUCUCAUUGUGCUGGAGGGUUGCACCGUGGAGCUGUGUGAGGCUGCUGAGGAGUUUGCUUUCGCCAUCCGCUUUGAUGGCACUGGCGGCAAGGCCUAUGUGUUGGUUGCUGACUGCCAAGCUGUAAUGGAGGCUUGGGUGAAGGCACUUUCGCGGGCCAGCUUUGAUUACAUGAGGCUAGUGGUUAAGGAACUUGAGAAACAACUACAGGAGGCCCGGAAGAGCUUGGUUGCCUGCCACAAAUUGCCAAAGAAGUCCUCUUCUGGACGGAAGAGACAUCUCUCCAAUCCCACGAUGGUACCCGUCCAGGAGCAUCCUGUCAUCCUGGAGAAUGGUUACUCUACAUGGGACAAUGGUUGCACUCUUGCAGGAAUGGUUCCUUUGGACACUGAUGGGGGAUAUUUGAAACCUCCACCUUUACCUCCUCGCCGAAGAUUCACAGGCAGCAAUGUAAAUGCAGCACUUGCUGCUGGCCUAGCUUCUUCUGUUCAAGAAAGUCCUGUUUCUCCAGAGACAGCCUGUUUCUCAAAAUUACAUGAUUGGUAUGGUCAGGAGAUUGCAGAAGUGAGAAGGGAAUGGCUAGAAAGUCAGAAAAGAAUAGAAAUGUGAAAAUGCAUAUCAAGCAGGUUUUCACAGAGUUCUUGCUUGCCACACUUGUGUAUUGUUCUCCCAGACAACAAAAUGACCAAAGAACUGAUAUUGCUUUCCUGAAUAAUUAAUUUCAGAUUCUGCAUGACUCACUGUCACAACUUGGUGACAGUGAACUCACUCUGUAACUCCAGCAGAAGUUGCAUGCAAGAGGCUACGGUGUACUUUCACACACUGAUGUAAGACUCACAAUAGUGGUCCAGUUCUCUAUGUUAAAAUAGCAGCUUCUAGAUAUGAGAGCAAUCUAUGCAUCACCAUUCUGCCUCUUCUUCCAUACAAUCUUAAUAAUGGCAUUUAAUCUUGAUAUUACAGCUGCUUUAAGAUAUGCUGGAGAGGCUAAGUGUGAGUUAAAUAGCAUGGUAGUUAGGUACCUUGCCCUACUCA